AUGGCUGAUGCUUUGGACGAGGCCGAAUCCUUUAUUCAUGCCACUGAAAUCUGUUCAGUCCCCAAGGAGUCUAAGGGAGCAGAGAUUGCAGACCACUCCCAGCGGAAGGACAAAUCGGAGAAAAAGUCCAACCGUCCGAAUGGGACGUGGGCCAUUGAAAAGAAAGGAUAUCAAGCAAACGCCUCCCAAGGACAGAAGAGGGGACGCCCCUACGACAAAGAGAAGUUUGAGUAUAACACUGACUUGUACACAAUAUUGCUGGACGUCAAUUGCAAGAGUUUGCGUAGGGCCCUUGAUGGGUUAGCCGCCAAGGGAUUCUUGAAGUCAUAUCCCAGCUCGAGUGCAGGAGGAAGUGGUAAAAAGUUCUACAAGAAAAGCAAGUCACCGUCAUACCGACGUGAUGACAAUGACACUGAUCCAGAAAUUGUAGCCGUCAUCUCAGGGGGUUUAGCUGCUGUGGGACCAACAAUGAGAGGACAAAAAGACUAUGCAAGCCGGUUGGGACAGGUCAUGUUGUCUGGAAAAGCCCCAAUUUACCAUUUCCCUAAAGUAGAAAUUUGUGAAUCUGACAGGGGUAAGAUCGCCACUCCACAUGACGACCCCUUGGUCAUUGAAUUGAAGGUGGCAAACCUUAAGGUAAGGCGCAUUCUAGUGGAUACAGGGAGUUCGUCAGACAUUAUCAGCACAUCUUGUCUAAGUCGUCUUGAGCAUGAUCCGAAGACAAUUGAGAAAAUACAUUAUCCUAUCAUUGGAUUCGGAGGCGGAAUAAUCCACCCCCAGGGGAUAAUCACCCUGCCCCUACGAGUUGGAGGCCGGCAUCAAAGCAAGAACUUGAACGUCCGCUUUUUAAUUGUGAAGGACCUCACUGCUUACAAUAUCAUACUGGGUCGUCCAACUUUGAAUCAGGCCAAGGCAGUGGUCGUCACUCAUCUUAUGCUCAUGAAGUAUGUAUGUGAUAAAGGUCAGGUCGACACAAUUCAUGGUGAUCAACAGCUAGCAAGAGAUUGUUAUCUCACUACGCUAAGUCCCGAGGCUUGGGGGGAAAUUGACGAAGCCAGAGCAAGCUCAAAAAGAAAACUAGAUGAGAUAGAAGAAAAAGUCAAGGAGACCUUUACCAUUGCCACAGCUCAUAUGGAAACUAGGCGGCCUGAGCCGGUUGGUGGGCAUUAUGAGAUCAUCCUUGAUGAAGCUCGCCCAGACAGGACGGUGCCAGUAGGGGUCUCUCCUGACGACCAGCUUAGGGCACAUUUAGUCACUCUCCUGAGGGAAUUCCAGGACAUUUUUUCUUUUGCCGUGGAAGAGAUGCCGGGCAUCGAUCCAAGCAUAGCUGUACACAAGCUCAAUGUAGAUGAGUCCUUAAAACAUGUUCGUCAGAAGAAGAGAAAUCAUGGGGAAGCAAGAAACAAAGUUGCAGCUGAAGAAGUGCAGAAGUUGUUGGAGGCUGGCUUCAUUCGGCCAAGUCAAUAUCCAGAUUGGGUGGAAAAUGUAGUGUUGGUGCCGAAGCCCAAUAAAUCCUGGAGAAUGUGUGUGGACUAUACAGAUCUAAACAAGGCUUGCCCAAAAGACAGCUUCCCUCUACCCAAGAUAGACCGGUUGGUAGAUUCAACGGCUGGCCAUGCUUUGAUGUCUUUCAUGGACGCAUACUCGGGCUUUCACCAAAUUCCUUUGUGGCCAGACGAUCAGGAAAAGACGUCAUUUGUUAAUGAGCAAGGUCUAUACUGUUACAAAGUGAUGCCGUUCGGGUUAAAGAAUGCUCCAGCUACAUUUCAACGUCUAGUCAACACUGUCUUCUCUUGUCAGUUAGGACGGAACAUCGAGGCUUACAUUGAUGAUAUGAUAGUAAAAAGCAAGCAACGCGAAGAACACCUGGCUGACCUAAGAGAAACUUUUGAGACGCUCCGAAAAUAUCAGAUGAGGUUGAAUCCAAAGAAGUGUGUUUUUGGGGUAACGACUGGGAAAUUCUUGGGAUUCCUUAUUGAUGAAAGAGGAAUCGAGGCCAAUCCUGAUAAAGUACAGGCGAAAAAGAGCAAAUUUGAAUGGACUGAGGCGGCAGAAACUGCCUUCGUCCGAUUAAAGGAACACCUCCACACCUUACCUCGGCUUGUCAGUCCUCUUCAGGGGGAAACUUUGUAUGUAUAUUUGGCCAUUUCUGAGUGGUCCUUGAGUGCUGUCUUGCUGACUGAAAGGGAAGGAGUGCAACUCCCCAUCUAUUUUGUGAGCCAUGUCUUGCAAAACGCUGAAUUAAGAUAUUCUCCAAUUGAGAAGUUCGCACUUGCGCUGUUUAUGGCCAGCAAGAAGUUGCGCCCUUAUUUUCUGGCACACAAACUAGUGGUAUACACAGACCAGCCUUUGAAACAACCUCUUCCUAAGCUAGACGCUGCCGGACGAAUGCUGAAAUGGGCAAUUGAGCUAAAUGCAUUUGAUAUCUCAUAUGAGCCUCGAAAAGCUAUCAAGGGACAAGCAUUUGCUGAUUUCAUUGCAGAGAUGACGAGGCCGAAUUUUGAAAAGAAUGUGGCGACUCGCUGGACAGUCUAUGUAGAUGGCUCGUCAACCCAGAACGGGUGUGGAGCCGGCAUAAUAUGUCAGUCUCCUGAAGGAGACAAGUAUGAGUAUGCCACGAGAUUCAACUUCCAAACUUCCAACAAUGAGGCAGACUAUGAAGCUUUAUUAGCCGGUAUAAAAAUGUGCAAAGCCGCUGGAGCUCAAGAGAUACUUGCCUUCUCCGACUCUCGGCUCAUUGUGAGCCAAGUAAAUGGGGACUAUGAGGCAAGGGACCCUAACAUGAUCAAAUAUAUGCAAGCUGUGCAUCAAGAAAUAGAACAUCUAAAGAGCUUCAAAGCUAAGCAGAUUCCCAGAACGGAGAACAAUCAGGCCGAUGCCCUGUCGAAACUAGCUAGCUCGGCUUCCUGUGAUACUUCGCGUCACGUGUUUUGGGAAGUAAAGGAUAAGCGAAGUAUUGAGCAGGAAUUGUGCGCUCCUAUAGUAGCUGUCCUGGAUCAGUCGUCAACAUGGAUGGACCCUAUCAUUGCUUAUAAAAUGGACGGUACGCUUCCGGACGAUUCAAGUCUGGCCGCCAAAAUACAAAAGAAGAGUUAUUGGUUUGAAUGGUGGAAUGGAGUUUUGUACAAAAAGUCAUUUUCUAGACCUCUCCUGCGGUGCGUCACUCCUGAGAAAGGAAAGGAAAUUCUAGACGAUUUGCACCAAGGAUUAUGUAGCUCCCACAUUGGAGGACGAGCCCUGGCAGAGAAAGCUUUGCGAACUGGUUAUUAUUGGCCCACUUUGAGAGAAGACGCCCUAGCCAUGGUGCAAAAAUGUGACAAGUGCCAACGAUUUGCUCAUCUCAUCCACAGGCCGGCCCACCCACUUACCCCUAUUAUGAGUCCCAUUCCGUUUGCCAAGUGGGGGAUGGACCUGUUAGGGCCAUAUUGUUAG